UAUUCAUAUUUUUUUAAACAAAAAAUAUAUAUACGAUGGACUUUUCGCGAGUAGACAAUAUCCUUAAUGACAAAUAUGUAAAAAAAUAUAAUGGCAAUAUUCAAUAUGGUACAGCUGGUUUUAGAACAAAAGCAGAUGUUCUUGGACAUGUCUUAUAUAGGAUGGGAUUAUUAGCAGUAUUAAGAUCUAAAGUUAAAAAUGCUGCAGUUGGUUUAAUGAUUACGGCAAGUCAUAACUGGGAAGUUGAUAAUGGAGUGAAACUUAUAGAUCCUGCUGGUGAAAUGUUAGAAGCAGCUUGGGAACAUAUAGCUACUAAUUUAGCUAAUGUAGAUGAUUCAAAUUUAGUCUCUACAAUAAAGCAUAUCAUAAAAGAACAAAAUGUUGAUAUGUCUAUAGAUGCACGUGUGAUAACUGGUAGAGAUACUAGAGAAAGCAGUCAUGCAUUAUUAGAUGCUGCUACUACUGGAAUAAUAGCUUUAAAUGGAAUUGUGCAAAAUUUUGGUAUAGUCACAACCCCUCAAUUACAUUAUCUUGUUGUAUGUAUAAACACAAAUGGCAGUUAUGGUGAACCCACAUUACAUGGUUAUUAUGUAAAGUUAUCAGAAGCAUUUAAACGUCUAAGACAUAAAACUAAUAAUGGACAAUAUACUGCAGAAUUGUCAUUAGAUGCUGCUAAUGGUGUUGGAGGUAUUGUUAUGAAAAAAUUACAAGAUUAUCUAGGAACAACGAUUACAGUCAAUAUGUACAAUGAUGGAAAUGGAGAAUUAAAUUAUAUGUGUGGGGCUGAUUAUGUCAAAGUUCAACAAGUUCCACCUGUCAAUUUUCCUAACAAACCAAAUGUUAGAUGUGCAUCUGUAGAUGGUGAUGCAGACAGAAUAAUUUAUUUUUAUUUAGACGAAAAAGAUAAAUUUCAUCUUUUGGAUGGUGAUCGAGUAGCAGCACUUAUUGCUGAAUAUUUUAAAGAACUCUUACAAGAAAGUCGUUUAUCAUUUCAGCUUGGUUUAGUACAAACAGCAUAUGCUAAUGGUGGUUCUACAGAUUAUCUUUCAAAUAUAUUGCAAAUUCCAAUUGCUUGUGUAUCAACUGGUAUUAAAUAUCUUCACAGUAAAGCACAAGAAUUUGAUAUAGGAAUAUAUUUUGAAGCAAAUGGUCAUGGAACUGUACUUUUUAAAGAAACUGUUAUUGAAGCAAUUAAAAAUACUGUUAGAAAUCCAGAAUUAUCUGCAAAUGAGAAAGCAGCUGUUUCUAAAUUAGUAAAUAUAAUAGAUGUGAUUAACCAGACAGUUGGGGAUGCUUUUAGUAUUAUGUUAUUAGUAGAAACAAUAUUACAUGAGAAAGGUUGGAAUAUUAUAGAAUGGGAAAGAAUGUACAAAGACUUACCAAAUAAACAAUUAAAAGUAAAAGUUCAUGAUAAAAGUGUUAUAAAAACAACUAAUGCAGAAAGACAAUGUAUAUCACCUGAAGGAUUACAAGAUAAAAUUGAUGAACUAGUAUCACAAUAUAACAAAGGACGAUCAUUUGUAAGACCAUCAGGAACUGAAGAUAUAGUACGAAUAUAUGCAGAAUGUGAAAAUGUAGAUGAUGUUAAUGGAUUAGUUAUGGAUGUGGCAUACUUAGUCCUCAAGCACACAGGUGAAGUUAAACCUGAACCUGAAUGUUUAUAAUAAAUACAUUAUAAACACGCAUACAUUUAUACUAGUAUAUAAUUUUGAAUAAUUGUAAUUUAUAUAAAUUUUGAAUUGAAUAUAGUAAUCUUUAUAAUACCCUUUGUUAAAGUAUGAAAGGUUACUGUAUUCAGGUGUAUGUAAUAAUUAUAAUAGCAUACACUAAUACUGGGUUACAUUGUAAUGCAAUCUGCUUGGUUAAAUUGUAAAGGAGCAUCCUCACUCUUUUUCCACUACUCGAUGUUUUGAACUCAGAAUCAGUGAAACCUAUUGCAUAUGUGAUACAGUUGACAAAGAGGGAGGAUCGGUAAAACCAAGGGAAAGAAGAUAGAUAUAGUACAAAGAGAUGACAAAGGCACAUAAAUCAACUAUUUUAUUGCUGAAAUUACGUUAAUUAAUAUAAUUAAUAUUUCUUUAUAUCAUAUUUGCACUUAUUUUAUUUGAAAGA